GCCCGAGCGGGAAGGAGUUCACCCACCUCGAGUUCCCCCGACGGAUCCAGCCCAAGGAGCUGGGCAAGAAGAUGCUGUACAGAGACCAGAACAUGAACGGCUGGGCUUACAAAAAGAUAGAAGAAGAUGAUCUGAAGUUUCCACUUAUCUAUGGGGAAGGCAAAAAGGCUCGGGUGAUGGCCACGAUUGGGGUCACACGAGGCCUGGGAGACCACGACCUCAGGGUGUUCAGCUCCAACAUCCACAUCAAGCCUUUCCUGUCCUGCUUCCCGGAGGUCAGGGUUUAUGACCUCACACAGUACGAGCACUGCCCUGACGACGUUCUGGUCUUGGGCACCGACGGGCUCUGGGAUGUCACCAAUGACAAGGAGGUGGCUGGCGUGGUGAUGGAGGUGCUGACGAGCUACGAGCCCAACGACCCAUGCAG